UUUUAACAUUCGCUUCUCAAAAUAUACACGCGCACACCUCUGUGUGCGCUGAAGUGAAAUCUGGUUUAAGACUUGAAGAAUCCCUUUUAUUUUGAUUUUAUUCCUUGUAUUUUCAGAAUCAAAUAAGUUUUUUUUUGUUGAUAAAAUUAGUGUCUCAGUUGGUGUGUGUGAAAGUGGAAAAAAAAUACAAUUUUAAGAAGUUUUGAAGAUAUUUCGAAUGCACCAUGCCUCAACAAUGCAAACUGCUACUGGACAAUUAUGCUGGAUACUAUCUGGCAGGAUCCGUUAUACAUGGAAGAGUACUAUUUGAUACAGAUUCAGAGAUCGCAAUGAGAGGCAUUCGAAUAACGUUGAGUUGUAAUGAACACACCGAAUGGAUAGGAACUGAAUCCUAUUAUGAUACUACCACAAAUGAACAAAAGUCUAGAGACACUCUAUUCACUGGAGACAAAGAAGUCACGUCUAUCAACCAGUGGGUUUAUGGUGACCAACAUGCUAGCACUAGCCUUCCCCCUGGCCAACACAUGUAUCAAUUCGCAUUCACCUUGCCACAAAAUAUACCAGGUACUUACCGAUGCGAGAAAGGUUCAAUUAUUUGGAAGUUAGUAGCAACUGUGGAUAGACAAAUGGCAUUUGAUAAUCAGGAUCAAAUGAUUAUUGUUGUCCAGUCACCGGUUGAUUUGAAUUUCAUCGCUAGACCUGAUGAUCUGGAACCUUCGAUGUAUUCGGACGAAAAGACAGUUUGCUGUUGGUGUUGUGCACAGGGACCAAUAAGCAUGGACGUGGAAUUAACAAAAAGGGUCUUAGUGCCUACUGAACCAGUGCAGAUAAAAAUGACACUAAGUAAUAUGUCGAAUACUAAUGUUGAGGGUGUUAGUGUUGAGCUUAAACAGAUAUUUUCCUACAAAGUCGAUACUCCUAAUAGAGAUGACAGACAAGACACCCAUAUUUUGAUUGAUUUAAAGGAUGUGGGAUUGGGAGCACAUGGUGAACACACAUUUCUAUUCAAUGUCAACUUACCCCCAAAUGUUAAUCUUCCUAAUUUUGCACAGUGCGGCUUGUUUUCAGUGGAAUACGUUUAUAAGGCUAUAGCCCAGUUACCGUCCAUGCACAAUAACUUGGAAGUCACUAUGCAUCCAAAAGUUGGGAAUAUACCGCUAGGAGCCUCAGCUAUAGGCCAAUCUCACUCACAAGGAAGAUUGUACCAUCCAUUUGGUGAACCUAAUCCAAGUGCUCCAUCCAUGGAUUCCAAAGAACAACAAGGCUUCCAAGGAGUUCCAGGACAUUUUGAGCAACCACCACCGACCUAUGAUAGCCUGAACACGCCGAAAAGGUAUUGAUGUAUAUUGAAUUUUUGCUACCAAAAUUAUUGUUAUUUUUAUUUGUUUGCUUCUUAUACGUUCUACAUAUACAAGUUAUGUAAUAUUUUAUUAAAAAAUUAUUUGUAAUACUUCAAUAAAAAUACCUUUACAUUAUUUAUUA